UGUGAUGUCUUCAUCUUAGUCACCCUCUGAAUUUACGGUGCCAGGAUGUCUCUGGACCCAAUAAGCCGUUUACGGGGAGGUACUGUCAUGAGGUCCGAUGGGCCCACAGAGCUACCGUUCGAUGGAGAGAUCAGUAAAGAGGAGAUGCGUAUCCUUAAGGUGUGUUUCCAUAGCAACAGCUCCAACCUGAUGAAGAACUUCAAGCUGGUCAAGUGCAGCAUAUACACCGAGAUACGGGAAAUCAUCAGCUCCAUCCUCCUCAGUGGGCGGAUCGGCCCGGACAUCCAACAUGUGGACAGCUACGGCAUUCGCCUGAAACACUUAAAGUCCGAUGAGCUCCACUGGCUGCACCCCGACCUGACCAUUGGGGAGGUGCAGGAGAAGUACGAGUGUCUCCACCUAGAGGCCGAGUGGAGAUACGAUCUCCGGAUUCGCUAUCUGCCAGAUAAUUACAUAGACAGCUUCAGACAAGACAAGACGACUUUGCUGUACUUCUACCAGCAGCUGCGGAAUGACUACAUGCAGCAGUACGCCACCAAGGUCAGCGAGGGCAUGGCUCUGCAGCUGGGGUGCCUGGAGCUCAGACGAUUCUACAAAGACAUGCCGCAGAACGCUUUGGAGAAAAGAUCCAACUUUGACUUCCUGGAGAAAGAAGUUGGCCUCGAUCUCUUCUUCCCAAAGCAGAUGCAGGAAAGUCUAAAGCCCAAGCAGUUCCGUAAGAUGAUCCAGCAGACGUUCCAGCAGUACGGCUCUCUGAAAGAGGAGGAAUGCAUCAUGAGGUUCCUGGGCACGCUCUCCAGCUUCACGUCCAUCGACCAGGAGACCUACCGCUGCGAGCUGGCGCAAGGGUGGAGCAUCACCGUGGACCUGGUCAUCGGCCCAAAGGGCAUUCGACAGCUCACUACAAAGGACUCAAAGCCCACGUUCCUGGCCGAGUUCAAACAGAUCAAAUCUAUCAAGUGUUCCCUGCUGGACGAUAAUCGGGCACUUCUGCUGCUGGGGAUAUCUGGAGCCCCCCAGCCACUAGCCAUAAAGACCUCUUCGCUAGCCAUGGCUGAAAACAUGGCCGACCUCAUAGACGGAUACUGCCGACUCCAGAAUGGGUCUACAGAGUCACUUAUUGUCUAUCCUGGAUCAGAGAAUGAGAAGAGGAUCAGCCUGCCGAGGAUCCCCACUCAGGAUGUCCCUGAUGAGAGGAGGUCGAGGCUGGAGGAAGGGGGCAGUUUUGAAUCUGAUAUCUAUGCGGAGAUUCCAGAACAGUCGGAACAGAGGUCUGCAGGGAUUCGUUACGCGAUCAGUCGGGAUGACGUUGUGCUGGGCAGGAUCCUUGGCGAAGGCUUUUUUGGAGAAGUGUACGAUGGUGUAUAUAAGAAUCAGAAGGGGGAGCGGAUCAGCGUUGCGGUGAAGACUUGUAAAAAAGACUGCGCAGCGGACGUCAAGGAGAAGUUCAUGAGUGAAGCCUAUCUGAUGAGGAAUUUGGACCAUCCGCACAUAGUGAGACUCAUCGGCAUCAUCGAACAAGACCCAAUCUGGAUCGUGAUGGAGCUCUAUCCGUAUGGGGAGCUUGGCCAGUAUCUGGAAAAGCACAAGAACUCCCUGCAGGUCAUCACCAUGAUCAACUUCUCAUUCCAGCUGUGUAAAGCUCUCGCCUACCUGGAAGGUGUAAACUGCGUCCACAGGGACAUCGCUGUCAGGAAUAUCCUGGUGGCCUCACAUGAGUGUGUCAAGCUUGGAGACUUCGGCCUCUCGCGGUAUAUAGAAGAAGAAGAGUAUUACAAAGCUUCAGUAACUCGACUCCCAAUCAAGUGGAUGGCUCCGGAAUCCAUCAACUUCCGCCGCUUCACCUCGGCCAGCGACGUCUGGAUGUUUGGGGUCUGCAUGUGGGAGAUCCUCUCGUUCGGCAAGCAACCGUUUUUCUGGCUGGAGAACAAAGACGUCAUCAGCGUCAUCGAAAAAGGGGAUCGCCUCCCCAAACCCGAGAUCUGCCCGCCCACCCUGUACACGUUAAUGACCCGCUGCUGGACCUACGACCCCUCGGAGAGGCCCAAAUUUACAGAACUAGUCUGCAGCCUGAGUGACAUCUACCAGACCGAGAAAGAGAUAGCGAAGGAUAAAGAGAGGAAUAACCGACAGCGCCCUCCGAAGAUCAUUGAGCCCACUCCCAUGCAUGACCCACCGCCCAAGCCAAGUCGGCCAAAGUACAAGGCAUCAGCACCGGGGAACUUACUGGCACCACAAUUGCAGUUUCAGGUGCCUGAAAGUCUGUGUGCCAGCUCUCCUACGCUCUGUAGCCCCACGGAGUACCAGUCUCCAAUCGACUCCACCCACAGCCCGCCGCUCCUACGCCAUAGCAUCAUCAAACGUCGCAGUAUGAGGGAGGAGGACUUUGUGAAGCCCACUAGCAUGGAAGAGGCUCAGAAAAUGUGGGAGAAGGAGAGGGCCAAGAUGCUGCACGUCAUAAACCGACAACAACAGCAGAUGCUCGAGGAUAACCAGUGGCUGAAACAGGAGGAGAGAUCGCUGGUCAACAACCUCAAGGAUCCAAAUCAACAGAAAAAGAGCGAAAAACCAUCAGAAUUGGUAA